AUGACUUCAUCACAGAUGGCAGAGGCCGUUCCUCAACCUGUCGCGCCCGUUGCAUUAAUGUCUACAGGCAUUCACUUCGACUCUGAUCAUAUCGAGAUGUUCACAUACCCCAAACCUUCUCACGAUAACAACAGCCCCGUCUUUGCAGAACAAGACAAGUCUGUUGCCGCUGCAAUGGAUACAACUCUUCCUUCGAAUUCAGCCCAACCAUCGACAACAAGUCUCCUUCCCGAGAUCAAGAAGUCAAGCACUCCAGAAGAGGCACUCAAUACUACGAAUGAAACGGGAUAUACAGGAUCGGAAAACCAUACUGAGAACAACAUUUCCGCACAACCCACAGUGCCAAUCGAUUCCGCAAUGGAGAUGAGUAAUGCGACAAUUAAACAGGAGUCGCAUAAAAAAGAGGCCAACGAUACCAACCCCGAAAUUUUUGGACAAGCUGGUCCGGAAUCAACAGUUCAACCCACUCAGGCACAACUACAACCGUCAAAUAUUGGACCCCUUGCCUCAUUUCCUUCUUAUAACACGACAAAUGUACUUGUAGAUCCUGCGAACAUAUAUGGCGCGGAUAUGAAUUUGGAUGGCAACGUAUGGGCCUAUGACCAAACUAUGGACUUUCCAAACGUUGCGCCCAACCCGGACUUUUAUAAUCGACAACCUUUGAUAGACCCAGGAGUGCAGUUGGAUGGUUAUGCAAAGCUAGCUUUUGAUGAUUCGGACUUUUAUAUGACUACACAUGAAUUGAUCAUAGGUCGUGAUCAAAAUGGGUACAACAAUAUGAGAAGAUAUGAGAAGGAGCAUGAGGCAAUGAAUACAUCAGAAUUCUCCUCGUUUAAACCAACCAUGCAGAUCGAAAGUCAUACUGGUGGUAUCAUGGAUCCUUGGGUAAAAUUGGCAGACAGGCGAAGUCGCAAGGGGAAGAAGAAUAAGGGCUCAAGAUCUAUCAGUGGGAACAGUGCUACUGCUGGAUCACUUUUGCCUCCUGCAAAUGGAAACAUGUCACUUCAAAACCCCGAUCCGCAUAGUUGUCCUGUCCUCCAUGUACAUCCUCCAUUCAACAAAGGUGUAGCGGGCUUCAAAGCUAUAUCCAGAGAACACGUUAAAAUAUUUUAUGAUGACCAUCAAGAUAGUUUCAAAGUAGAAUUCCUUGGUAGAAAUGGAGGUUUUCGUGGACGAUAUAUACUUCGAGCCCAAGCAGAUAGCACCAUUAGUAAGUGGUAG